AGAGAGAGAGAGAGAGAGGAAGGGAUACUAAAUUUUAGUACUUGUUUAGCUUAAGAAUUUUAGGUCAUGAUCUGAACAGUAAGGGAAUGCAAUCCAUGUGGCAGAACAACAUUUUGUUAAACAAAGUUGUCUUUUACAUUAUAUGACAGAUUAUUGAGUAAUAAACCACUCUGCCACUCAAUCUUAUGACUAUAGUUCCACCUAUAUCUCAGCUAUGAAGAAUGAGCUUAAUGGGAAUUACUCAGAGGUGACUGAGUUUAUUCUACUUGGGUUCAGAACCCCUCCAAAGCUACAGAUCCUCUUAUUUUUUGUAUUCUUGCUGAUCUACAUGGUCACUGUGGUGGGAAAUGUCAGCAUGAUAAUUGUCAUUAAGAUGGACUCCAGACUUCAAAUGCCAAUGUAUUUCUUCCUUAAAAACUUGUCUGCUUUAGAUCUCUGCUACUCCACAGUUAUUGCCCCCAAAACUUUAGCUAACUUUUUGUCUGAUGAAAAGAAAAUUUCUUAUAAUGGCUGUGCAGCCCAAUUUUUCUUCUUUGCCCUGUUUGUCACAACUGAAGGCUUUCUUCUGGCUGUCAUGGCAUUUGAUCGAUUCACAGCCAUUUGUUCCCCUCUCCUCUACCCUGUGCAUAUGUCCCAAAAAGUCUGUGUUCAGUUGGUAACUGUAUCUUACAUCUGUGGAAGCAUCAAUUCCAUAGUCCAGACGAGUUUCACCUUCAGUCUGCAUUUCUGUGGAGAAAACAGAUUGGACCACUUUUUCUGUGAUGUCCCAGCCCUGAUGAAGAUCUCGUGUGUUGACAUCUUUGUAAAUGAGAUUGUAUUGUUUCUUCUCUCUGGUUUUAUCAUCAUCACCACCACAACUGUCAUUCUGGUUUCCUAUGCUUAUAUCCUCUCCACUGUCCUGAAGAUCCCCUCAACCCAUGGCAGAAGUAAGACCUUUUCUACUUGUGGCUCCCAUAUAGCAGCGGUGAGUUUAUUCUAUGGGACUGUGUUCUUUAUGUAUGCCCAGCCUGGAGCCAUCUCCUCACCAGAGCAAAACAAGAUUGUGGCUGUGCUCUAUACACUUAUAAUACCAAUGCUAAACCCUCUAAUAUAUAGUUUGAGAAACCAAGAUGUGAAAGAUGCUGUGAAAAGAAUACUGUGUGGAAAAUGAUUCAUUCACUGAUAUUUCUAAAAUCACUAUAUAGCAGGCAAAUUUGAUAUUCUAAGGAUCCAACUUAUUCUUGUUUGUGUAAAAUUAUUAUAUCAAAAGCAUUUUGCAUAUGGCAACAAAUAGUUUUCUCUUUUACAAGAUAAUUUUUAACAGUAUAUGUCUAUACAUCAUUACCUUAUUUGCUUAGAAUAUGUAAAUUACAUACUCAUUAUUUAUGAUGUAAUAGUAUUUUAAUUUCAAUUUGACUUUGAUUAAGAAGUAAAUAUUAAAAGCUUCUGUUAUGUAAUAAUUAAAUAAUAUUGGUCUGGGUGAACUAUUUAAGUUUUUUAUUCUAUAAAGCAACUAAGUUGAUAUUUAUUUGGAAAAGAUAAUUCCCACUGCAUAGCUGGCAAAACAGAAUGGUAAUGGUCACACAGAACACUUUUGAAUACAAAGGCUAUUUUUUUAAAGAUCCAGGUUCAUAUUCAGAGGAUUAUCAUCCUUAUGGUUACAACUCUUAUGAAAGGGAACCCAUCAUACAUUAUUAAGGAAGCAAUUUUUCACAUGGAAAGUGUGUGUCAAUAACAUUCUACUAAUUUUUAUGUUCCCACUUUCUUCUUAAUAUAAAAUGAUAUACUUUAAAAUAAAUAAAAGAUGAUAUAUAAAGGACAGGUACUAUAUGCCAUAGGUAAUUUUUAUCACUAUUUUCAAAUGAGGUAAUUGAGGCACCGUGAGAAUACUAAGUCAUGUAAAAAGUACUCAUGUCUAAGGUUUUAAUCCUCAAAUCAGACCUAUCAUGAAAAUAACAUUAUAUACAUAUUGAAUGUUUAAUUUAAAUUAAUAUGUUUUAGAAGUAUAGAAAUUGUAUCUUAGAAACAUUAGGUAAUGUGCUUAAUUUUACAUUGCCAGUAACAACCAUAGCCAGAGCUGGAACACAGAACUUUCUGACUCCAAAGCUGUGGAGGUAAAGACUAUGUGGCAGUGACUCAGAAAGAGCUUUAUUUUUCCAUAGGUUUCAAAUAUUGUGAAGGUACUUAUUAACUCACAUGUAUUAAUAAUUUUAUUCAAGUCUCUCUAAUAGCAUUAACUUUUGCUUUCUGAUAUAUGAGAAACUGAAUGUGUUUAAGUAUUGUUUAUGUUUCUUUGGUAGUUUUUUGUUAUAUUUUUUAAUUUAUUGUAUUAUGUAAUAUGUGCCAUUGGUCACAUAUUUUAUUAAUACAGCUGCAUUUUUUUGUUAUAACUAUAAGUGCAUUAUCCUGAAUUCUACUUUAUUUAAUAGCAAUAUGACACUUGGGUUGUUUAAAAAUUUUUUAUCUCACUAAAACUUUGAUUUUUAACUUUUUUAUAAAAUGUUUUACAGCAGUGACUUUUUAUAACUUAAGCUUCUCCUCUCACCUGCACAUAUAUAUAACAGAGACACCUUAUUCUGGUGUAAUGCCACCUGUUUUGUGGCUUCAUAGAAUAGAUUAAGGAUGUAUUCCCUCUUUGUAAAUCCCUUGGAAAAGUUUAUGUACAAUUGUUAAUUUUUCACUCAAAUGUUUGGUUGAACUCACUAGUAAAUCAGACUGGAAUUUUUAUUUGUGGGAUAAUUUUUGAAUACCAUUUCAAGUUUUCAAAUUGCUCUCAAUGAAAUGAACUGGGCUAUCAUUAGGCUUACCAGCAUGAAAAGUUGACAUAAGUGGUCCAUGUUAAAAUGGAGCCAGAGUAACCAUUCUAGAAAACGGCCUUGGAUGUCUUGCUCCUUGAAACUCUGGAAUGUUUACACUGGGCAAAAUAACCUUUGGACUGGGCCAAACCAGCAGAGUCUUACAAAGAACUCUUUGCAAAUCUGACAGAAGACCAUACAUCCUGACAAUAAGGACAGAUGAUUAUAAACUCUCUUGCUGCUGACACAAAACCGGACAUGUGUAGUUAAAGUGUAACUCAGUUUGUUGGCACAAAUAGAAAUCUCUUUUUUUAUUCAUGUGAUUAUUCCCUUCCUUUCCUCAUGACACACUCCUGUAAUUAGGACACUAUUUGGAGGUUUUUUGUAUUCAUUUACUUAU